AUGCUUCGGGGCCCUUCCAUGGUGUGGCUCCUACCGCUUCUUUCCUUCGCUCUCGCUUCCCUCGCGACCAGCGCCAUCUCUAAGCAAACUCCAGGGGUACAGAAGAAAUCGAUCAUGUUAACGUGCCUCAGUUGAACUUUCGCCUGCGUUGAAUUAUAAACUGUUCGAACCUGCAGCCAUAUGUCGUCUACAUGGGGAGCUCUACGGACGGAGCUAGAGAGAGAAACCCGGGGAGCUCGCUCUCAUCUCACUUGGAGAUGCUGGCCACUGUUAUUCCCAGGUACCCAUCUCAACUCCCCGCUCGAACUCGCCCGCGUAGAAGACGGCACAACCACUCGUGACGUUUGCAGGGAGGAGGGAGAGCGAGUCUUCGUCGGCCACAGCUAUCACAAAACCUUUAGGGGGUUCUCAGCCGUGCUUACCGAGGCAGAAGCCAGAAGAUUAUCUGGUAAAGAAUAGAUCUUGUUCCCUUCUAAUGGCUCCAUCACCUUGCUUGCAUGGAAAUUAAGAAAAACAAUAAUGUACGGGCUUCUCGUGUCGGGCGCAGGGCAUCCGGGUGUCGUCUCGGUCUUCCCGGACCGUGUUCUUCAGCUCCACACCACCCGAUCUUGGGCCUUCUUGGAGGCGGAGGCGGGCCCGGGGACGAGGCGGAUCCGCCGUCGAGCUUCAGACGACGUCAUCAUCGGCAUCGUCGACACUGGUCGAAGGCUAAUCCGCCGACUAACUACUGUUUAUUUCCUUCUCUCCGGGGAGAGCUUCUUCUGCCCCGCUGACAACGCUGCUUCCUCCGCAGGAAUCUGGCCGGAGUCACCGAGUUUCAGUGACGCCGGCAUCGGAGCGGUUCCGUCUAGAUGGAGAGGAGCCUGCAUCGAGGGACCCGAUUUCAAGAAAUCUCACUGCAACAGGUCUGCAACAUGGCGGCAAAUAAACACUGAAUUUGACGAUGAGAUUCUAAGAAUUAGGCCUGGUUCCCACCGCAGGAAGCUGAUCGGAGCAAGGUACUACACCAGCCUGGGGGAACCCCUCCGACCCACCGGCAACGCUAGCCGUUUCCGGGCGGACGGCGCCGGAUCGCCGAGGGACACCGUGGGGCACGGCACACACACUGCCUCAACGGCGGCGGGUGCCGUCGUCUUCAACGCCAGCUAUUACGGCCUCGCGCGAGGAGUGGCGAAGGGCGGCUCGCCGUCGAGCAGGUUGGCCGUGUACAAGGCCUGCUCGGCGGGGGGCUGCGCAAGCUCCAACAUACUCAAGGCCAUCGACGAUGCCGUCGACGAUGGGGUCGACAUCAUCUCCAUCUCCAUUGGGAUAAGCUCCAUCUUCCAGUCUGAUUUCCUCAGCGACCCCAUUGCCAUCGGCGCCUUCCACGCGUAUCAGAAGGGGGUUCUCGUGGUCUGCUCCGGUGGGAACGAUGGGCCCGAUCCCUACACAGUGAUAAACUCGGCUCCUUGGAUACUGACCGUCGCUGCUUCCAGCAUCGACAGGACCUUCCAGUCCAGCAUCGUCCUCGGCAAUGGGAAUCGCCUCAAGGUGAUUUGUUUCCCCGGGAUCCCAGCUGGGUUUUCUCUAACACUCUAUGAUGAAUGGAUUAUCAUACUGAACGAAGUCGAUUUCGUCUCUCAGGGCAAUGCCAUUAAUUUCUCCAAUCAAACUGGGUCGAGAUUGCACCCGCUCAUCUUCGGUGGAGACGCUGCCUCAGACUUCACUCCAGUCUUUGAGGCGAGGUUGACGAAACUUCCCCAUUUUCCCAGAAAUCCGUUUCCUAAUUCAUAACUUUUAGCUACAGGUGAUAAUCUUAAACUCUGUAUCGGGGUACUCAGUGAUCUCUCUCUCUCUAUCUCCGGGAUGCAGCAAUUGCUAUCCUGGUUCUCUAGACUCCGAGAAGGCAGCGGGGAAAAUUGUCGUGUGCGUCGAAAGCGACCCGACCGUAACGAGGCGGGUGAAGAAACUGGUCGCCGAGGGCGCCGGCGCUAGCGGACUCAUCGUCAUCGAUAACGUUGAAAAAGGCGUCUCCUUCGACUCCGGAACCUUCCCCUUCUCGGAGGUCGGCAAGCGGGCUGGAACUCAGAUUCUCAGAUACAUAAACUCCACCAGGUGAGAACAUCUCGAUUCGGCGAAAAGAGAAACACCCAUAAAAUUCUCCCUCUCCUUUGAAAAUCCCCUGGCUGCGUGAGCUCCAUCACCCUCAUCGUGGCAGAUCUCCGAGGGCCAGCAUUCUUCCCAGCACGGACGUGGACCUGUUCAAGCCGGCCCCCGUGGUCGCCUACUUCUCCUCGCGGGGCCCCGGCAGUCUCACCGAAUCCAUCCUCAAGGUAAAGGCCUUCUUCCUCCACGCAGAAAACCCAUCCUCUUAUCUUCCUCUUCCUCCGGUCCUUGAGAAAUAAAGCUUUUCGCAUUGCAGCCGGAUAUCAUGGCGCCGGGGGUCGGCAUUCUGGCGGCCUCAGUCCCGCCGGCGGACGGCGGGCCUGCCGUCCCGCGGGGGAGGAAACCCUCCAACUUCGCCAUCAAGUCGGGGACCUCCAUGGCCUGCCCGCACGUCGCCGGCACCGCCGCCUUCCUCAAGUCCGUCCGACCCAGAUGGACCCCCUCCAUGCUGAAGUCGGCCCUCAUGACGACAGGUGACUUUAGGACUCGACCUGUUCAAAGCUUGAAUCAAUCUAACCUGGUUUUUUUUCCUUCUCUUCUUCGCGCAGCCACCACGAAGAACAACGUGGGGAGGACCAUAACCAGCGUCUUCGGGGAGAGGGCGAGCUACCACGAGAUGGGCGCUGGCGAGAUCGGCCCGCUGAGGGCCGUCAACCCGGGCAUUGUCUACGAGACCGCCGCCAGUGACUACCUGCUCUUCCUCUGCUACCAUGGCUACAAGCAGCAGCUCAUAAGCGCCGUCGCCGGCGGCAACUUUACCUGCCCGGCGAACUCCUCCGAUGAGCUCAUCUCCGGGAUCAACUACCCGUCCAUCUCCGUCGCCAAGCUCGACCCACGGCGCCCGCCACGGGCGGUGACCCGCACCGUCACCAACGUGGGACCGGUCAACGCCACAUACGCGGCCACCGUGGAGGCGCCGGCGGGGCUGGUGGUGGAGGUCUCUCCCCCCAGGCUCUCCUUCUCGGGUAGGUCCCGGCGGGCCGCCUACGAGGUCUCCUUCGACGGGAGCGCCGCCGGCAAGGGAUACCACUUCGGGCACAUCACCUGGUCCGACGGCGUUCGCUCUGCUCGCUCCGUGUUCGCAGUCAACGUCAUCUAG